UACAUAGUAAAUUAUUUAAAUUAAACUAGUUUCUUCAUGAACAACUUUAAUAAAAUAUUGUGUCGAAUCUGCCGAGCUUGUUCACAGUCAGUAAAAGAAAGAUGGCGGCCCCUACAAAACAGUAUGGGCUGAUCUUGCCUCAGAAGAAAGGAGCAUCGAAGUCUGCAAUGCUGCAGAAACCCUGUGUGUUUGGAGAUGACUCAGAUGAUGAGACCUCUGUUGGGGAGAGUUUGCAGAAGGAAGCGGUCAAAAAGAAGAUGAUGAAGCAGACACGUUUGGAGAUGCAGAAAGCGCUGGAUGAGGACAGCACGGUGUACGAUUACGAUGCCGUGUAUGACGACAUUCAAACCCAGAGACUUGAGAGCAACAAAAAACUUCUGCACGGCACUGACAAAAAGCCAAAGUAUAUCCACCAGUUAAUGAAAGCCGUUGAGGACCGUAAGAAAGAACAGGAACGAAGGGACGAGAGGAAGAUCCAGAAGGAGAGGGAGGCAGAAGGAGAGCAAUUUGCAGAUAAGGAGGCGUACGUGACGUCCGCUUACAAGCAGAAACUGGAGGAGCAGAAGGAGGAACUGGAGAGAGAGAAGAGACAAGCAGCGAUUGAAGCUGCCUUGGACGUGAAGAAGCAAAAAGACCUGAGCGGCUUCUACAGACACCUGCUGAAUCAGACUGUAGGAGAGGAGGAGAUACCAGAUCGCUCAGCAAUUAAAAAUAAAACUGCAAAAGAAACAGCGAAGACCUCGCCCGUCUCCUCACCAACCUCCCAUGAUAAAGUACCAAGUUCAUGCAGUGACAAUGAAGAGGGGCAUGAACAGAAGUCUGGGUUUAUCAAGCCCGGGAUUGGCUCCUCACACUCUAAACGUCAGUACAGACAGAGGUCGCCGUCAUCAGGGAGCGGAGAGGAGAAAGAGAAAGAGAGGGAGAGAGACCGGCAUAAGAAGAGUCACAGAGAUCAAGAUAGAGACAGAGGGAGGGACAGAGACAAGGACAGAGACAGAGACAGGGAUAGAGACAGGGACAGAGACAGAGACCGAAACAGGGGAAGGGAAAGGAGCGAAAGACACGGGGGAAGAAGAGAUGACAGAGAUAGAAGGAAAGACAGAGACAGGGAUAGAGACAGAGGCAGAGAAGACGACAGAGACAGAGGCAGAGAAGACGACAGAGAUAGGGAUAGAGACAGAGACAGAGGCAGAGAAGACGACAGAAACAGAAGUAAGGGAGAUACAGGGAGGGAAGACAGGCAGGGGAAGAGAGAGAGGAGCCCCAAAGAAAGAGAGAAAGAUAAGAAUGGAGAGAGAGAGAAGAGGAAUCCAGAUGAGGACAAGCGGAUGGACAAAGAUCAGGAAGACGCUAAAGAGAGGAGAAAGGAAGCGGAGGGGGAGACAGUGGUGAAGAAGGAAGAGAAAAGCCCAGAGAGGAAGGAGGAAGUCACAAAGGAAGCAGAGGAGGAAGAAAAACAGGAAGGCGAGGAGAAGGCGAACAAGUUUGCAAAGCGCAGCACGGAUCAGGCCGUCAGUUCGGCGAGAGAGAGGUACAUGGCGAGACAGAUGGCACGCGCGUCUUGUAAGACCUACAUAGAGAAGGAGGAGGACUGAGAGCUGUGUUUCCUUUAUCUGUAAAACAUCCUGUCGAGGCACGAAACGUCUUUUUUUAAUGUAGAUAACAAGGUGGAUGUUAUUUAAUUCCUUUCUCCUCUACACGUGUUAUUAAAAGAUCAAAACCAACACUGAAUAGUUUGCCUCUUUUGUCAAUAACUCCCUAACCGGCUACUGCAACCCUCCAACUCCAACAUGGUUCAGUGAUUUCCCAAGGUAUCUGGGAAAUGUAGUUUUUACUCCAUUCCUUAAAAAAGUAGAUAAUUUCUUAUGUUCUUUUUGCAGCCUUUGAAUUAAUACACAUUUGCUGCAAAGGGAGUUUUUGCAGCAUUAUUACGUUGCAUGAGGAAACAACUCAUCGAGGAAACUCUGAGGUGAUUGUUUUUGUUUGUUUUUAUAAUUUUGGAGAACAAAAGAGGAAUGAGCCUUUUCACACUUGUGCUACACAUACUUGUAGUAGGAUCAGUUCACUGUUGGUUUUUGUGUUUUUAUGAAAUGGAUCACAUUUUGCUGCAACAUCAAAACCCAUCACACUCUGUAGUGGACAAAUUCAAACAGCAGAGUGUGCCCACAGUCUUGAAAGAGGUUUUCUUUGUGGACUUUGAGAGCUGGAUUGUUGAUUUAUUACUGUGAAACAGGAGUGCUGACUUGUAAAUAUGGCGCUCGACAAGCCUCUUGAAACAUCCUAAAUAAUGUACAUAGGAAAUUUGUGUCAUUGCUCCUUUUGGAGGAUGGAUAAAUGUUGGAUUGUGAGUGAACUUUUGAAGUUAUGUUUGGAUCUGUUGUUUUUUUUCUGUUGUAAUCAGUGUUGAGUUAAUAAAAUAAUCCCUGCUCAA